AUGUCCGGCAGGCGCCUGCUGGACGCCGUCCAGUUCCUCAACGUCUCCAAGACCAUCGCUCUCAAGCAUUUCGGCAUUCGCCAGCACCAGCUCGACGUCUACACCCGUACCUCCUCGCUCACCAAGGGCAUCAAAGCUCAGACCGAUGGGCUUAUCCUGACCGCACAAGCCGCGGCCGCUUUGGCGCGCCGCUUCGACGACUUCUCGCCACCAACUCCAGCCCCGACCACAUCGCCGACGCCCGACAGGCAUGCUGGCCCCCGGCCAACCCCUACAACAGCGACAACCACAAGCCCCGAUGUGACAGAGAAUGCCGAGGCCGCCCGCAAAUCGCAGCGACAGGCAGAGUUCCAGAUUCCGGCUUCUGCCGCUCAGUAUAGCGGCAAUGAAAAACCCGAUGCCCUGAACGUCAGCCAGCAACAGGAGGUCUUCUACGAACCCUCCCGGCAGAUCGAGCCCGAUCUAUCCGCUUUACCGCGUAUCAAGUUGCCCAAGGCGACAGGUUCAGUCCAAAAUAAUGUCGGCGAAGGUCUGAAUGCCGAUGUUUUUCAUUCCGCCGACGCCGACGGCGCGGUCGCCGGGCGCCCGGAAAAAUCGGCAUCGGCGGAGCUCCCAAAGGAGAUGAUGGAAGGAUUGUUUCACAGUCCCCGAGUCUCGCGUAUGCUUGCGGGAAAGCCGAAGCCGAAACGAGACUGGAUUCCGACUGAGAACAAGCCCGAAAAGUCGCAUGAUGGGGCUGACAAAAUUGCGGAGCCUGAGCUGCAGGCUAAUGAGAUCCCCGAAUUGAUGCGGGAGAUGGACGCAGCGGGUUACCGGACAACAUCCACACCUACCGAUGCAGUGCCUGAUGUCGUGCCGACCGAAGUUCCCACCGCCGAAGGGUUGGGCGAGAAGUUGGCCGACAAGACCGUGCCAUAUCAGAUGAUGGAGUCACGCGUGCCAUCCUCCCGGUUUGCCCGAAUGUGGCAAUAUGGCGGCCUCGCGACCUCCAUGGCUUUUGGCGCCGUGGGCGAGACCCUCCGCCGAGCAACCGGAAGCCAAGAUAAUGGUUCGAUUAUGUUUAGUGCAGGAAACAUGGAACGACUGGUAGCCAAGCUAUCCAAGAUGCGGGGCGCGGCGUUGAAGCUCGGCCAAAUGCUCAGUAUCCAAGAUUCCAACAUGCUCCCCGAACCCAUACAGCAGGUUCUCCAACGCGUCCAAGAUCGCGCGGAUUACAUGCCCGCUUCCCAGCGUGACAAGGUGUUGGCCGACAAUCUGGGUCCCAACUGGCGGGACUUGUUCUCCUCCUUCGACGAAAUCCCCAUCGCCGCUGCCUCGAUUGGACAAGUUCAUUCGGCGGUCCUGAAAUCGACUGGAAAACCUGUCGCCGUGAAAAUCCAAUACCCCGGCGUCGCAGACUCUAUUGACUCCGACCUGAACAACCUCUCCAUCCUUUUAACCGCUUCCCGCCUUUUGCCUAGGGGUCUCUACCUGGACAAGACGAUCGCCAACGCUCGGACGGAACUGGCUUGGGAAUGUGACUACAUUCGGGAAGCCGAGGCAGCAACACGUUUCCGCGACCUCCUCAAGGAUGACCCCGUCUUUGUGGUUCCAGAAAUCAUGACCGAAGCUUCCGGAAAGCAAGUUCUGACAAUGGAAAUGCUAGACGGAGUCGCCGUAACCAAGAUCUCAGAUUUCACCCAAUCCCAAAGAGACUGGAUUGGCACACAAAUCAUGCGCCUGUGUCUGCGCGAAAUUGCAGAAUUUAAGUACAUGCAAACAGACCCCAACUGGACCAACUUCUUAUAUAACGCCUCCACAAACCGACUGGAACUCCUCGACUUCGGCGCAUCUCGCGAAUAUCCAGACGAGUUCAUCUCUACAUACGUAUCGACUCUGAUCGCCGCCUCGCGAAACGAUCGACCGGCGUGCCAGAAGCUCUCUCAAAAAUUAGGGUACCUCACAGGCCACGAGUCAACGGCGAUGGCGGACGCACAUGUGUCUUCGCUGGUCACGAUCGCGGAGCCAUUCAUGUCCGAUUCGCCGGACGUGUACGACUUCCAGAAUCAAACGAUUACGGAUCGUGUGCGGGCCUUGAUUCCGCUAAUGAUUCGGGAACGUCUUGCGCCGCCGCCGGAGGAGACGUAUUCAUUGCACCGCAAGCUUAGCGGGGCUUUCUUGCUUUGUGCUAGAUUGGGAAGCCGAGUUCCUUGUAAGGAGUUGUUCAGGGAUAUUGUUGGCAAGUUGGAGAGAGAUCCAACUUCCAAUUUGGAGAAGUAG